AUGGCUGCCAAGCUACUUGACAGGAAGUUCCACAACGUCCCAGGGAGGCUUCGUGUGGCCGAGCUGUUCUUUGAUGUCCCUCUCAAUUACACCAAGCCCAAUGAGGACUCUCUGAGGCUGUUUGCGCGAAGUGUCCGGCGGUUGGUCACUCCAGUCGAGCCUAGCCCCGGCAGUAAUGACGACAAGCAGCUUCCGUGGUUGGUGUACCUGCAGGGUGGCCCAGGGUUCGGAUGUCGUCCGCCUCAAGAAUUCGGUUGGAUCAACACCGUUCUUGAUAAAGGCUACCAAGUUCUGUUCCUGGACCAGCGUGGCACUGGCCUUAGCUCGACCAUCACAGCGAGCACGCUGGCGCAGAAAGGCGAUGCAGUCAAGCAAGCGGAGUAUCUGAAGCAUUUCCGUGCAGACAACAUCGUCCGGGACUGUGAGGCCGUCCGAAGAUGCCUCACGGCCAACUAUCCCGAAGACAAGCGCAAGUGGAGUGUCAUUGGUCAAAGUUUUGGUGGCUUUUGUAUCACAUCUUACCUUUCCAUGUUUCCGGAAGGACUAUCAGAGGCUUUCAUCUGCGGUGGACUGCCUCCCUUGGUCAAUGGUCCUGACCCCGUGUAUGCACUUACCUACCAAAAGAUGAUCGAGAGGAAUCAGGCCUACUAUGCCAAGUUUCCCGAGGACGCUAAGCGAGUCAAGCGCAUUGUCGAGUAUUUGAAAGAGAACGAGGUUGCUCUGCCUUCCGGCAAGCUCACUAUCCACCGAUUUCAGCAAUUAGGCAUCGCCUUCGGCAUGCAUGGGGGUCUUGACAGCAUUCACGAUCUUGUGCUACGUGCCUGGAACGAUCUCGAGGUGUUUGGCUUCCUUACUCACCCAACCUUGACCUCGAUAGACGGUUACGGCGGCAUGGAUAACAACGUCAUCUAUGCAAUUCUUCAUGAGGCUAUAUACUGUCAGGGACAUGCAUCCAAGUGGUCUGCGGACAAAUACCGUGCCGGACUCCCCAUGUUUGACAUCAGCUGGGAACAAUCUCACUUCUUCUUCACAGGUGAAACGGUUCACCAAGACAUGUUCGACUCGUACACGGAGCUCCAGCAAAUUAAGGAAGCAGCAAAAAUCAUCGCUUCGACAAGUGACUGGCCCAAGCUCUACGAUGAAGCCCAGCUGAUGAAGAACGAGGUCCCUGUCUACGCGGCAACGUAUAUCGACGACAUGUACGUGCACUUUGACCAUGCGCAGAAAACUGCCGCCAAGAUCAAGGGCAUCAAGCAGUUCAUCACGAAUACCAUGUACCACAAUGCUAUCCGUGCGAAAUCGGAUGAGGUGUUCCAGCAGUUGUUUGCCAUGAGGGAAGAUACCAUUGACUAG